GGCUCACAGUCUCGUCAAUAUCUCUGGCAGACUUCCUUCAAUAUUAUAUGUAGGAGAGCAGGGUAAAAGUACCAAUGAAAAAAAAAAUGUUGCCGAUCCACAACAAGGCUGGGACGGACUGAAUGGAGGCAGCGCUGUCAGCGGGGGGAGAUAAUAAAUCAGUCUGCAGUCAAGCCCGACACUCACCGAGCGGCUUGUUGAGUUCUCCGUAGACGUCCAGCCCUCGGCCUCCCCAUGCCUCCAUCUCCCCUCGACGACAGAAUUGUGGUGGCGCUGCCAAGGCCGAUCCGACCUCAGGAACUCCAAUUGCGCCUGGACACCAGCUACCUGGACUCAGUCACCAGCAGCAGCAGCAGCGACACAGUCAUCAGCACCACCGUGGUGAAGAUCCGGGCGACGGCCAAUCUUGUGACGUAUAUGCCCUCAUCCAAGGGCUCCACGCGCUCGUUGUCGUGUGGAUGCAGCAGUGCCAGCUGCUGUUCUGUGACUACCUAUGAGAAGGACAGCCAGAGCCUCGGCCACAGCCAGGUGAGCGCCAGCAGCCCCAACCUCAGCUAUGCCGGGCCGCCCACGCCGAUGGUUGGCAAACAUGAAGCGCUCAGCACCCCCAGCCUCACCCAGGGCCAGCUGAAGCCCCUAGCCUCCCUGAGGGUCAUCCACCCCAAUGAGCUGGCCAAGCGGAUGACCUGCUGCCCGCUGGGGCACCCCAUCGGGCCUGUCCCCGUCAUCAUCGACUGCCGGCCCUUCUUGGAGUACAACAAGAGCCACAUCCGCGGGGCUGUGCACAUCAACUGCUCCGACAAGAUCAGUCGGCGCCGGCUGCAACAGGGCAAGAUCACUGUGCUGGACCUCAUCUCCUGCCGCGAGGGGAAGGACUCCUUUAAGGGCAUUUUUUCCAAAGAGAUUGUGGUUUACGACGAGAGUACCACAGACCCCAACAGGCUGACAUCUGCGCAGCCUCUGCAUGUGGUCCUGGAAUCACUGAGGAGGGAGGGCAAGGACCCCAUCGUCCUCAAAGGAGGCCUUAGCUGCUUCAGGCAGAGCCACGAAAACCUGUGCGAGCACUCGCUGCACCUCCACGAGGGUUUUGAAACGGGCGCGUCUGCCGGCCUGACGGGGCCUCUACCUCACUCCCUGCCCUCCACGCCGGACAUCGAGAACGCAGAGCUGACGCCCAUCCUGCCCUUCCUCUACCUGGGGAACGAGGACGACGCUCAGGACCUCCACCUGCUGCAGCGCAUGAACAUCGGCUACAUCCUCAACGUGACCACCCACCUGCCUCUCUACCACUACGACACCGGCCUGUUCAACUACAAGCGCCUGCCCGCCACCGACAGCAACAAGCAGAACCUGCGGCAGUACUUCGAGGAGGCGUUUGAGUUCAUCGAGGAAGCACACCAAGCAGGUAUGGGCCUCCUGAUCCACUGCCAGGCGGGCGUGUCGCGAUCUGCCACCAUCGUGAUCGCCUACCUGAUGAAGCACAGCUGGAUGACCAUGACCGACGCCUACAAGUUUGUGAAAAGCAAAAGGCCCAUCAUCUCGCCGAACCUCAACUUCAUGGGCCAGCUGCUAGAGUUCGAGGAGGACCUCAACAACGGAAUAACGCCACGGAUCCUCACGCCGAAGCUGAUCGGCGUGGAAACCGUCGUCUAGACGAGCCGCUCAACCCAACGCUCUUUGCUGUGACUCUUGCUGCUGUACGAACCGGUUGGAGGUGACAAAGAGAGCCGGUGUGUGUGUGUGUGUGUUUGUUUUUUUAAAAAAAAUCUCCUCGACGUCGUCUUGGAGUCUCUUGAGAUCGCGACCUCUUGGUUGAUGAUGAGAGACGACGAAGUCAGGAGGAAGCGGCGAAUCAGGUGGAGAAGGAGGGAGGAAGAAAAUCAAUUGUGCUUUGGCGCAGUUACAUAUAAAAAAGGGACUGAGGCACACAGUUUGCAGACUCAGGCAGGGUUUGCCACAGCAGUGCCUGUCUAAAUAUAAAAACAUAAUAAAAGAUAAAAGAUAAGGACUUGUUUGGCGUGUUAAUCUUGUUGUUCUAUUUUUAUACUGGGAUUUUAAGGGGAUGACCAUGACAAGCCAACAAAGGCUUACUGUGCAAUAAUUUCCGCUGAAUGCAACCUUGAUCUUAUAUGUGUAAAUAUUGGUAACGAUCAAGAAAAAACAUUUCCAGCUCUUUGCUGAAGAACCGUUUUGAUUUUAAUGUAACAACUGUUCAGCUCUAUAUGUGUUUAUGGUGCAUACAGUAAUGCUGUAAGAUUUGGCGCUGAUCUGUGCGAGAACCAGAGAAGAAGAAGAGGACGAAGAAGAAAAAAGGUUUUACUUUAAGUGCAGCUUAUGGGAUUUUGUUUGCUGAAGCAUAGCUUCAUAUCUUGUGUGCUCGCUUAAGCGUGUUGGUUUUGCCAUUCGUGCGUCCGCGUAUAUUUUUAGCAAUACGCAUACUACCAGACAGCCAUAAGAGCUCUUUUUAUGCAUGGCUGCUGGUGGAGAAGAAGAAGAAGAGAGAGAGAGAGAGCGCUGAAAUAAUCGGGGAAUAUCGUAAAACAGGGCUACUGCUGAUGUUUAAUGUAACACAAGGGAGGAUUUUCACUGCCUGCUUCUGUCUCCUCUGUUUGUUUUUGCUUCACUUCAUCCAUUAGCCGGCUCUGUUGCACUGUACCUCACCGUGCGCCGUCUCUGUCCACUCGCAUCCAAUACUCUUGGCAAUGCCCCGCGUUGCCAGCUAUCACUCAGCCAAGGUCUACGGUAGCAACGUUGAGGUGUGUGCUUCAAAUGAACACACAUGUCCUGUUGUGGAGUUCAGUUUAUCGUGACAGCAGUGGUGCAGCAGAGCGGCGUAACCUUUGGGAGGAUUUGUUUUGAGCUGCCUGCUGCUGCUGCUGCUUCAGUGCCUCUAUUGAUGCCUUAACUCAACUGCGUUGAAAACGAUGGCAUGCAAAAACAAAAAGCACUAAUAACUGAACCAACGUCACAUAAGGGAAUCUAAUUUUAUUAUUUUCUUUUUGGGUUUUUUGGUUUGCAUUUUGCCAAGGUAUCACUUUCAGACAACGUUGAGGUCAUAUUAGGAAAAAAACCCACAACAAACAUCUUAUUUCUUACGCAAAUUUAGUUUGGUAAUUUGUAGAGCCAAUGUUUCUGAUCAAAGAAGAUAAAACAAAAGCGACAUAAAAUUUUUUAGAAGAUUUAAUUGUAACUUUGAGUUACUAGUGGUGGCAUUUUUUUUGAGAGAGAAAUAGCAUCAAUUUAAUAUUAAACAGAACUUGGCGUAAACCUACAAACAUUUUCAAAUUUUCUCCCGCUCACCUUUGAUCCAUAUUAAACAUGUACAGUCUUCUUCUCCUUGUAAUAAUUUAUAAAUAAACCUUAUGACAAGUUCCUUUUAUGUGGUGGCGGCAAAAUACCACUACAUAAAUGAUUUAAAAGAACACAGCUUUUAAUUUUAGUACGUUUAUUAUGCAAGGAAAAAUCCAAUGCCAUAAAUAUUCCAGUUGAAUAAAAGUCAGUAAUGCUCUUUCGAUGCAGCUUUUUCCUCAUUUUCUAAGUUGAUCAGAGUGUCUGGGAACUUUUAGUUUUAAGUCCACAACUUUCAGCUGCACAGGUGUAUAGAUACGACAUAGAUUAAUGUUUUAAGACGAGAGGAAAUUAAAACGAGGCAAUUACUCCCCGCCAAAGAGAACAAUUAAAAAAUGUAAAACGACUGAAGUUGUGAGGAAUAAAGCAGGACAAGGUUUAUCUUGCAGCUACACUCAGUGAGGUAACAGAGGUAUAAAAAUAAUAAAAACCUCCAAAGCUAGAAAAGAUUGCCAUUUUAGGGCCACCAAAUCAUUAAAACUAUUUAUUGUGAGAAAAGGAAAACGUACUGAAUUACCGGUUAUCCACUUUGCAGAAAACUACUUUACUCCACACUGCUUAGAUGCUAUGUUAAUUUACUAUAUUUCAUUUGAAUAGUGCAAACGUGCAGAAGAUGUUGGAAUCCACCAUAUUAGAGCUGGUCUGUUCAAACCUGUAAAAAAUUUUGUCAAAUAAAAUCAACAUCCAUGGUGGGAGAUUAAAUGCCAUUGUAGAGUUUUACCAAAGUUUCUUUCGUGCUCUAUUUCUUUUCUUUUUUGAGUUAUUGAUUCAAGAUUACAUUACAGGCUUGUGACACAAAGUAUGAGAGUACUUUAAAUGGACAACUUUAUGCCAUUUUCAACAUCUGUAUAAAGCAGAGCACAAACUUUAUACAAGUUUUUAAGGAAUCUGUGUGUAUAGUUAAAAAAAACGAGCAUUUGAAACACUUAUGAUCCGAGUUGUCUGAAGCCUUUCUGUUCAGGCCCAAGCUUUCCAAAACAUCAGGAGUAGUUUUUCCUCUUACGUGAGAGAGAGAGAGAGAGAAAAAAAAAUCUUCAUUUUAGAGCGACUCCAAAGCUGAACUGAAGGCACCUCUUCGUGCGCUGUCCCGACUCUGUUUAUGUCCGUCAGUCGUCCACAUCAAGGCAUAAAAUGAAGCACAGGGCUAACAAUAACUUUGACAUGGUGCCAGAACCAUCAUCUGUUUUGCAAUCCACCCACCGCAUCAUCCAUUACAUCCAAUUGAAUCCAAUAGUUUAGAAAAGGUCAUCUGUUGUUUGUGAGCAGGAAGAAAGAUUGUACAAGUACGUGAUGUCUGUUCAAGAUGGCUUCGAGACAGAGAUCUGCAACAAAAAAAAGAAUCCCUCACGUGAAAAAUCAUGCUAUGCAAAAUGAAAUUGUCACAGGAUGUUUCCACCUAUCAGUUGUGAGGUAUGGAUUUUCUUUGUAAAAGGGAAAAAAAUAAUCAAGUCUGUCUUGUUUCGAUGCUGUCAUCACUUGUCUACUGGUGCUCCACGAUGAAUCCGAGUUUAUAAACACCAUAUAUGCUAGUAACCAUUUAGAGGACAUGCAUCUUAUGCAUUUGUACUUAAAAAAAAAUAUAUAUAUAUAUGGAUGGCAUACAAAAUGUCUGAACUGUCACAAAACGAGAUACAAGGAUGUUUUCAUUGAACCUGCUGGUUCCUGCAACUUUCAGUAGCAAACGGCUUAUUUUUUUUUUUUUUAUUUUGUUCUAUUGAUCUCUCUGACUGAAAAAUCCGACUUUCCUCCCUUACUGGAGACGAAGCGUGCUGUGUGCUUCUGCUCUCUGAGGGUCGUAAUGGUGCUCUUCGUCUUUCGUAGACCGUUCUUUCUGUGGAGGCCACGUCCUGACUGACGGCUCCAAAAAGGCAUCCGCUCCCGUUCGUUUGGAAACAAGGUUCUGAAUUAGGACGACAUCGAGCCGUCACGUUCGACGCGGCCUCUUUACGACUCGGACUUGUUCAAGAGUUUCUGCUUUGGGCUUGGACGCUCUGGUGGAUUUGGGCUUUGCUCUUAAGAGUCACUGUAUAUUUCUCUGUGUCUGUAGUCUACAGUCAAGUAUUUACAGUAUAUGAAUACAUAAAUAUAUAUAUAUAAAUAUAUCUAUUUUCUUUGUAUGCAUAUAUUCAUUACUAUUUUUGCACUGACUUACUGAGAAAUGGGUUUAUUUUUUUCCACAAAGGGUGCUACUAUACUGGAGGCCUUCUCCCACACCUUUUUGCAUGACUUGCUCAAAAUUCCUCAACUGGUCUGUCAUCUCUCCUCCUUGAACUGUUGCAACUCAAGCACUGUAAUUUUGUAAUCCCUACUUGUGAGCUUUGAAAUAAAGAUGGAAGCUUCAAAUUUG